AUGAGCCACAUAUAUACCAAAGAAUAUGUUCUGCUUGCAUUCGCUGGUGUAUGUUUGGCUAACAACACAGGCUUGAGGGUUGGAGGACUUGGUGAACUCAGAGACGCCACUCCAAAAACCCAGCAUCUCGUGGAUUCUGUACGAGAUGAUAUCCUUGGCCAGCUUCCCUUGGGAUACAACAGGGAGCAGCCAUUAAAGCUGACAGCUAUCGCGUACAGAGCGCAGAUUGUUGGAGGGUACAACUACUAUGUAAAGAUUGGGACAGGAUGGGAUAGGUACAUACACGUAAUAAUUCACGAAGGUUUUCGUGGGAGUACUCUACUAUUAGGCAUACAACUAAAGAAAGUUCUAUCUGACCCCAUUGAAGCCUUCAAUUUAACUAAUGUGCGAGAUGAUAUUAUUGGACAACUUCCACUAGGAUACGACAGGGAGCAGCCGUUACAACUGAAAUCUAUCUCGUAUAGAAAACAAAUGGUUGGAGGGUAUAAUUACUUUAUAAAGAUUGAGACAGGGUGGGACAGGUACAUCCACGUUAUAAUCCACGAGAACCUUCGCGGGAGAACUUUACUAACAGGCAUAGAGCUACAGAAAUCCUUGUCUGACCCCAUUGAAGCUUUCGAUAUAAACGUCAAUUUUGAUACCUCAUUUUUUUCACGAUGAUUAUUCAUGAUAGCAAUAAAGUUGAAUUAAUAUAAAUUAUCAAAUCAUUAUUAUUAUUUUUUUUUUUUUUGUAUUUUAGGUUUAAAAACACACCCAAACGCAUUUUGAAUU